UUUAUAUUUCCAAUCACCCUAAUUACUUCUCCAUCAAAAUUUGACGCCCCAUCUCUCUCUCUCUCUCUCUCUGAUCGAUCUUCGAUCCAAAACAAUUAGGCUUUUAAGGAUGAAGAAGAUGAAUUUUCUGAUACGGAAGUGCAAGAGCUUGUCAAGACAGCUAGGGCGAUCUUCAUCAUGCGGUAGCCUAAGGUCGAAAUCUGCGAGGGAGAAUAUAUGUGUGCAUGAUAGUCAUGAGCUUCAUCAUCAUCAAACUGUAAUAUUCGUGGGAAGCACGAGGAAGCGUUAUGUGAUUAGCUCGAAGUACCUCAACCAUCCGUUGUUAGAUGCCUUGAUCGACAAGUCACCGAAGCAAAAACGAGGAGAGGAGAAUGGCAUCUUGGUAAACUGUGAGGUGGUUUUGUUUGAUCACUUGUUGUGGAUGCUGGAGAAUAAUGCAGAAGAUCCCAGCUUUGGUAGCACUUCAGAGUCAUUGGAGGAAUUGGCUGCCCUCUAUGUGUUCUGAUUAAUUAGGGUUUGAUCUGCUAAUUCAAAGGUCAUCCCUUUGCUGUUAUUGAUUAUUGUGCUUAAUUAAAUUUUUUUUGUUCUAACCACAUCGCAUUUAAUUUGGUGGAUCAUGCUAAUACGAUUGUAUUUGUGAUUAGUCAUGGGGUUAUGAUGUUGUACUCUAUCAAUAUUCUUGAAAUUCUCUCAUAAAUAAAAAUAAAUGUCCCUAAGGAUCUCUUGGAA